AUUGCUAGGAUAGUUUGUCUCCGUUGAUUCAUCUUUGAUAUCUUAGGCUAAAAACCCUAGAGACCAUGCUGAUUUACGCGCGCCAAUUUUUCAAAAUCAGACUAGUUUUCCACACGCUUUAUCUCUAAAACGAAAUCCGUGCCCAAUUUUUGUUUCGUAUCUGAAACCAGUGAUUCAUUAUCUGUCCGCGGCAGAAGUUUGAAGAAAAUAUAUCGAGUAGAACAUUUUCGCGCCAACGUCUUUAAUCUUUAUCUUGGUGAUGUAGGAACAUUUCGUGUAUGAGAGAACGUACUCAGUCAUAAUUUAGCGCUGCUUUGACCAAAAAUUCAGCAAUAAUGACGUCAAAGUGUCCCUUCGAGUCUUUUACAUGUUUAAUACGCCAUAGAUAUUUGAACCAAUGGAACCAUCUACUUACACAUCAAUGGCGCUCUACAACAUCGGGGCCAUAACCAUGGAAAGAUCCGCCAGUGUGGGAGUGAGUGAUGUUGAAAUAAGGGACGCAGAGUGUUUCCUGGAGAAGGCAGCACAACACUGGAGUCAUCAACGACUAAACACGACAGCCCGCAUGCUUCCUCGAAAAUAUAACAGAUUGAUCUCCCUUUAUCUCAAGUCCUCACCAAACGGCGCACCCGACCUGAACAUUGCGGUAUCCCAAGACAACCUAACCCGUGCUGGCGCCAUAAUCACUCAAUAUCAUAGCCUGUUAUCUCGCAGUUCGAAUUGGAUGAACAGUACUUUUUACCUUGGUAAGACAGACUACUGCAUCAGGUCAGGGGAUAUCGACGGUGGUCUCACGGCUGCCCAACAAGCUCUGGAUAUUUCUGUGCAGUCCAAAUUUGUAAGAGAGACAACAGGAGCAAUAGAACGAAUAAAUCUACUAAGGGAGCUUGAUGACCUCAGACGACGACCACCAGAAUUGCCUGACCGCCUGUAGACACUAUUCAUCCCAUAAUGUGGGGGUGAAGUUCAAUCUGGAAGUAAAAGGACGAUCUCACUAUGACAUUCUUGUGUGGAAUACCUGUGGUAUCCCACCGUAUUGUCAACGGCUCCUGUCCGUUAAUGCAAAUGAGUUUGUAUCCCAUACAUGUACCCUUUGGGUACCUAGUUUUAUUCACAGUAAUCGUGACAACAGUCGACUGAUCGGAGAAGUUUAUAACGUGCCACAACGAACGUUAUUGACAAGUCACUCGACAUUGGCGAGCUUUAGUCAAGCCUCGGCGGCAACGGCAACAGAAAAGUCACUAACAAAAACGGAGUGGCAAUGCGCAAGCGUAAUAAAUAUUGCCGAGUUAAUUUCUUUAGCCUUCCUAUGCAACGCGAACUCAUCAAAUUCCUUGUAUUUCAGUAAAGAACGUGGACCACAAUAUCCACGAAAGCCAGGACAUUUUUUAAACUGACCGUCUUUCAUGUGGACUGAGACCAACAGAUGCACCGAAGAUUUGCAGCUGAUUGUCAUCAGAUUCCUAAGCAAAAUUUAAAAAAAGGUUUUAGUCUACAUUAGCCUUGGUGUUGCCGUCGUGAUAGCUAGAGGUCGCUAAUGUUCGGUAGCCGACUUUCUAUAGACAUUUGUUUCUCAUUUUCCAUGGUUUUGAAACUAAAUGCUGCCUUUCUAAUAAAUGAAUAGAAUGAAGAAGGAGGCGUGGCCGAGUGGUUUAGGGAGCUGGGUUUGAAAUCUGGAGGUUCCUGAUUCAAAUCGUUCUCCCUACCGCUAUCUUGAUUUGUUCUCGGUAGUCCCGAGUUCAACUCCUCGACCGCGUUGUGAAAAUUUCCAACUGGUCAGCCUCCUACCAGUUAGGAUUCUUAAUAGUUGUUGUUCCAUUGGCAAUAUUUGUUUACUUAUUUACCGUGUCCCCAAUUUGCAUAAUGUUUCUGAAAAAACCCAACAACAGGGAAGCAAAGACAAUUGUAAAAUAAUGACAACAGAAAAGGCUAUAGUCUGUUUUGCAAGAAAUGCAAAUAUUAUUUAUCUUUAUUUAUUUUAUUUAUGGUAUUAAUAUAUUAGUUUGGACCACUCUAUAUGAUACUAAUUUUAAACUGAUGUAUUUAUUUCAAUCACCAUAAAAAAGUUCGGACGUGUACAAAAUAUUCUUAAUAUAAUUUAAUAUUCUUUGGAGUGACACUGAUUUUCCUGCACUGUCAUAAUUAAACUUAUUUCAUUGUUCAAACCGGUGCAGUUUUGUUUUCUCAUUCCAACUUACCGUUUUUUGAUCGCCAGGAAAAGAACUACCCGCUUUUUGGUUCCAAAAGAUACAACGCAGUUUCCAUGAAUCAUCAGUCUUGAAACGAAUCGCCGUAAAUUACUAUGAGUAAUUCGAAAAAGAAAAAAGUUCUUACGUUAAGGUUAAUACCUGUACGAGGUUAUAGCGGAGCUCCGGCGGCCCGAAGGGUCACUAAGCGGAGCCCCAUGAAAAGGAAACCCAAGAAUAGGUUUUCUCAUAGUUAUCAUGGCUAGCGGUAUUGGUGGUGGGCGAGUGCGCACGACGACGGCGGCGACGAUGGAGUCGCGCAAGAUGGCCGCCAUAUUCCAGGUCAUAGGUUCAUAGCUUAAUUAAUAACACAAACAGCGGUGAUAAGCAUUUUAAAAACAUGCAUUUUGUGAACUUGACCUUUCGUAUGCUAGUCAACAUACAUUUUCCCAAUCUUUUUUUAAAAGCUAUUUAUACUGUAUUAAAUCUCCCAAUGUAAAAAUCAUUGCAGUCCCAGCAACUAGCUUUAUAAAUGACUUUGGAUAAUUGUGAUCAGUUGCGACGGUCCUUGUAUGGAAAAAAGGAUUUGAUGCGCCGGGUGUUUUGAAAAAUAACUUUGACAUUUACAAAGAAGUAGAAACAAUUAACACAAGAUUUCAGACGCUUGGUAAUAUAAUUGUUAUGGAGACCUAUAUAAGGUAAUAAAACAAUAACAUCUUUUUGGGGGACUGUC